CUGUUCGACUCGCAGUUCGCCGUCUCGGCCAUCGAUCCCGAUGGGAAGAAGUUCGAACGAGUCUCACGAAUCGUCGCGAGGUCCUCGUCGCUCGAGAUGGAUCUCUCGCUAGACGUUGCGACCGACAUCUACCCGAUCCAGCCUGGUCAGAACCUUACGGUACAGAUCGUCAGCUCGCUGGGCGGGCCGAAUGCCGACGCGGACAAGGAUGCGUGGCGGAUGGAUGGUGGGGGCGGAUUGGCCGAUGAAUUCGACUAUGUGAUGCAUGGAAAGAUCUACAAAUACGACGACUCGCCAUCCGAGACGGUCACAGUGUACGCGAGCUUCGGCGGCCUCCUCAUGGCCCUGACCGGGUCCUAUCGUCACCUCAGCAGCCUGUCUGUCGGCAGCAACGUUUUCCUCCUCGUGCGGUAG